UGGUUUUAUUUUGCUUCGGAAAUUGUCAAUCAGUGCUUGAAAGUAUCCAAUGUAAGUGAAAAACAUAUGGAGCAAGGUACGGCUUUCCGGCGUGUCUCAAGCAUAAGCAAGUUUAUGUCCUGGUUACGAGGAUAAACGAAUAAGGUGAAAGCGAAUCUCACGAAUCGAGAGUUUGUUGAAGUUCUGUCCGGAUUGCGGAACAAGUGGAUUGAUGCGACAACAUAUCUCACAAAUCAUCUGUCUGUUCAAUUUAACGUGUGAUACUAAGAAAUGUCCGCCUGAAAGUGUUUGUAUUGACGGAAAGUGUCAAUGUCGUAGAAUAUGUCCCCCGAACGAACAUUGCCCCAAUGGGAUAUGCAAAUGUCUACCAGGACAUUACAGAAAAAAGGGGGUUUGUGUGCCAUAUAAAACCUGCCCAAUAUAUUGUCCCCCUAACAGUAUCUGUGAAAACGGAAGAUGUGUGUGUGAAAAGGGAUAUGAGUGGAGAGGAAACAAAUGUGUCGAAAAAUGUAGAAAGCAAAUAUGUGGUGAUCACGGAGAAUGCAGGAAUGGAAAAUGCGUUUGUUUUAAAGGAUAUGAACUUGAUAAGAGAACGGAAAAUGUGUCGAUAUAUGCCGUCGAAUACUUUGUGGACCGAACGAAAUCUGCCACGCUGGAGAAUGCCGUCAUAAAACCUGCCCAAUAUAUUGCCCCCCUAACAGUAUCUGUGAAAACGGAAGAUGUGUGUGUGAAAAGGGAUAUGAGUGGAGAGGAAACAAAUGUGUCGAUGAAAAAAUGUAGAAAGCAAAGAUGUGGUGAUCACGGAGAAUGCAGGAAUGGAAAAUGCGUUUGUUUUAAAGGAUAUGAACUUGAUAAGAACGGAAAAUGUGUCGAUAUAUGCCGUCGAAUGCUUUGUAGACCAAACGAAAUCUGCCACGCUGGAGAAUGCCAUCAUAAAACCUGCCCAAUAUAUUGCCCGCCUAACAGUAUCUGUAAAAACGGAAGAUGUGUGUGUGAAAAGGGGUAUGAGUGGAAAGGAAACAAAUGUGUCAAAAAAUGUAGAAAGCAAAUAUGUGGUGAUCACGGAGAAUGCAGGAAUGGAAAAUGCGUUUGUUUUAAAGGAUAUGAACUUGAUAAGAGCGGAAAAUGUGUCGAUAUAUGCCGUCGAAUACUUUGUGGACCAAACGAAAUUUGCCACGCUGGAGAAUGCCGUCAUUCGUGUGCUCUUAUAUUUUGUGGGCCGGGUACAACAUGCAUAAAUGGAAAAUGCGUUUGCAAAAAUAGAGGGCAUUCACUGGUCGCAGGCCAUUGCAUAAAACAAUGUCGCCCUCGUUGUAAACCAGGAUGGAAAUGCGUUUCAGGAGUAUGUGUGUGCGUCGGAAUCUAUUGUCCGUACAGAUAGAUCCAACAUUGACUAAGUUCGAAUACUUGUUACACUAUUGUGAAAGAAUAUGCUUUAAUGAUCGUGUCAUAUAUCACAGAAUUAAAUCACCAUAUUUUCACCUAAUACAAUAUAUUCAGCAUACAAAUGUGUUUCAGGCUUUUUAUUGUCGAGGAACAAUUUAGUUAACAGAGUAAAAAUAUGAAUCACAAUUUAGAAAAAUAUUUGGUUGACACUGGCAUAUCUAAGAAUAAAUUCUACGAGAAUCAUUCUACAACAAUUUUCCCAAGUGUAGGUCAUUGGAUUCAGUCGAGACUUGAAACUUCGUGCUUUUGUGAGGUUAAUUCACAGAGAAAAAAAUGAUAAAAAUGUUCCAGCACAUCAUUCAGACUGUCUUAUCAACCUCUGUUUAUGUAUUUUGAUCGAAACGCUAUAGGUAGUACAUAUAAUGUUAUUGAACUGCGAAAGAAAUUAAUAUUGUUCCUUGUUAGUAUUGUAUGCGAAUUAUCAAGCAGAAUUGAAUCAUUCAAAAUUUGUUGAAUUCAAAAAUAAAUCUUUACCCUGAA